AUGAGCACCAAUCCAACCAAUGGCGCCGGGGAAUUCCCCACUGAUUUCAUCCGCAGCAUCAUCAACGAAGACCAGGCCGCCGGAGCCUACGACGGGCGCGUCGUAACGCGAUUUCCUCCUGAACCCAACGGCUACCUGCACAUCGGCCACGCGAAGUCGAUCUGCCUCAAUUUCGGCGUCGGCGAGCAGUACCAAGGCGCGCGAUGCCACAUGCGGUUCGACGACACAAACCCGACACGUGAGGACAUCGAGUACGUCGAAUCGAUUCUCGCCGACGUGAAGUGGCUGGGGUUUGAUUGGGGCGAGAACCUAUUUUACGCGUCCGACUAUUUCGAGCAACUGUACGAAUACGCUGAGCAGUUGAUACGGGACAGCAACGCCUACGUCGACAGCCUCACCGCCGACGAAAUCAGGGAGUUUCGCGGGACGCUGACCGAGCCGGGCAAGGAGAGCCCAGAUCGCAACCGGCCGGCUGAGGAGAGCCUGGACCUCUUCCGGCGGAUGCGGGCAGGCGAGUUCGCAGACGGAGAGUACGUGCUGCGCGCGAAAAUCGACAUGGCCUCGCCCAACCUGAACCUGCGGGAUCCGGUGCUGUAUCGCAUUCGCCACGCGGAGCACCAUCGCACCGGGAAGGACUGGUGCAUCUACCCGAUGUACGACUACGCGCACUCGCUUUCGGAUUCAAUCGAGGGGAUCACUCAUUCCCUGUGCACGCUGGAGUUCGAAGACCACCGGCCGCUGUACGACUGGUGCCAGGAAGCGCUGGGCGUAUACCGCAGCCGCCAGAUCGAGUUCGCGCGGCUCAACCUCACCCACACGGUGUUGAGCAAGCGCAGGUUGCGGCAAUUGGUGGAAGAGGGCCACGUGGCCGGAUGGGACGAUCCGCGGAUGCCCACGCUCAGCGCCCUGCGCCGUCGCGGGUACACGCCCGAGUCAAUCCGCGACAUGUGCGAGCGCGUAGGAGUGGCCCGACGCAACACCAUGACCGAACUCGCUUUGCUCGAACACUGCCUGCGCGAAGACCUGAACCGGCGAGCCCCAAGGCGCAUGGCGGUGUUACGACCGUUGAAGGUGGUGAUCACGAACUAUCCGGAAGCCGGCAGCGAAACCUUUGAGGCGAUCAACAACCCCGAAGACGAGACCAUGGGGACACGAUGCGUACCCUUCGGCCGUGAGGUGUACAUUGAACGGGACGACUUCAUGGAAGACCCGCCUCGACGGUUCUACCGUCUAGCGCCAGGGCGAGAGGUGCGACUGCGCUACGCCUGCCUGAUCACAUGCACCGACGUGGUGAAGGACGAACUGGGAGAAAUCGUCGAGGUCCAUUGCACCUACGAUCCCGAGAGCCGCGGCGGCACCGCGCCCGACGGGCGGCGAGUUCGAGGCACCAUUCAUUGGGUAUCGGCGGCCGACGCCAUACCGAUUGAGAUUCGUCUUUAUGACAACCUGUUUACGGAGUCCGAUCCCGCUGGAAGCGAAACCGAUUUUCUGGAUCUGAUCGAUCGGGACUCGCUGGAAAAGGUAAUCGCCAAGGGAGAACCCGCGCUGGCGAAGGCACAGGCCGGAGAUCGUUUCCAAUUCGAGCGUUUGGGGUACUUCUGUGCUGACACCGACACGCAACCGGAGGCUCCGGUAUUCAACCGCACCACGACGCUGCGCGACACUUGGGCCCGCAUCAGCCAGCGACGGGACUAG